UCUUCCGUAGAAAAGCUGCUGCUUUGUUGACAUUUUUUCCCUCUCAUCAGCUUACUGCCCACAAGUUAGCUGGUCGGUUUAUGAACAUCUUAGCAUAAACAAACCCUCAGCAUGACAUUAUCCUACCAACGCUGCAGCCAGUCAGCUCGCAAAACCCCAAAACAGUUCACUCAUUUUUAGACAACCAGCAGCUCACGAUGGGGGUUAUUUUCUAACCCGCUGUCACUCGACAGAGAGCGGACGCUAGCUAGUUAGCUUGCUGCUUCAGUUAGCUAGCCUGCAGAGCAACCAUGGAGGGGAUUCUGUACAAAUGGACGAAUUACAUGACAGGCUGGCAGCCACGCUGGUUCGUCUUAGAGAAUGGAGUCCUCUCUUACUAUGACUGCGAGGACGACGUUGGUAAAGGAAGCAAAGGAUCCAUCAAGAUGUCCGUGUGUGACAUUAAAGUUCAUCCGACAGAUUCAACGCGCCUGGAGUUGAUAAUCCCCGGCGAGCAGCAUUUCUACGUCCGAGCUGUGAACUCUGCAGAGAGACAGAGGUGGCUGGUGGCUUUAGGCUCGUCCAAGGCUGGAACACUGGACAGUCACAAACACAAAGGUCCAGACUGUCUGAAGACAAAGAUGUCUGAACUUCGUCUGUACUGCGACCUCCUUGUCCAGCAGGUCCAAACGAUCCAAUCACAGCACACGGCCGACACAGAGGAAACGCCCACCUCGGAGGCCUCUCUCCUCAGUGCCACCUGUGCAACUUUCAUUAAGACUUUGGAGGAGUGUAUGACCCUCGCCAACCAGAGUUUGACCCCUGACCUCCGACCUCCUGAAAGGACAAAGAGGUCAAUCAGUCACCCUGGAACUUACAGCUUUGACAGGUCAGGAGUUCCUAAGGAGUACUUGAGUGGAGGUCAAAGGUCAACUCAGCGAAGGAACCGGACGUUCUCCGACAGUUCCGUUUAUGACACUGAGCGGUGGGAGAUGUCGGCCACAAUCUUUCCUGCCCGCCUCAGGGUCCUGGAGGCGUUGCAGAUAGCAGCCAAUCACCUUCUUCGCAGAGCGAAUGAUACGCUGCAGUCUGCCCUUGGCGUUGGCAGCAGCGUACCAGAUGGUGAUGGAGCAGGUAUGCUGCCCAGUGUCAACGGUGACUCGUCUUCCAUUCCUGAAGAGAGCGGAGGCGGCGUGAGCCCAAAGACCACGCUUACUGACACGGACACAGACCUGUCCAUCUGAAGACCCGACGUCCAUCGCAACCCUGCCGGACUCUGAGAGGACCAAUUGACAGACAUUUGAUCUCCUCUAGGAUUGUCCUCCUCGUACUUUUUCUCUGACGUCAGCUGGUUGCCAAACACACGCACUUUGGAAUCAUAAUUAAUCUUUUCCUGAAGGCUGUCUCGUGUUAUGUGUUUCAGUUGCACAGCACACACUGGGGAGACAGAUAAGAAAAGACAGCAGGAAAGAACUGGACUUGAACCUGAGACAAAGGGAGGAAAAAGGUAGCCACAUAUCACACUAUGGACACACUCUUGGGGAUGAUUGUAGCCUUGGAGUUUGGAUUUCCUGAUACAGAUCUGUGAACAAAGUGAAUGAAAAUGGUUGUCACUGUUAAAGAUGUGAACUUUCUGAGUGGCAACCAGAUUAGGACUGUGAUGUUAUAGUAGGCAGCUCCCCUGGCACGGUACCAAUAAGAAUAACUGGAUUGAUUGUUCACUGCUUUAAAUGGACCCGAUAAUGUGCAGGAAGUGUUGAAUUUUGGAGGUCAUGUCUUUUGAGGUUUGUUUUUGUGGCGUUUUGAUGGGACGUUGAAAUCAAAAGCAUCUUCUCGUAUAAUAUUUUCUGCUUCCCCCACAUACUCAAGAACUUGCCUAACUUUUUCUUUCCUUGGAAACUUGCCAAACAUCUUCUACAUUCUUCUUCCAGGCCAGUUGCCUCUAGCCCUCUUCCCGUCAGCUUCUCAUCUUUGAUGUUGUCAGUAGUGACGUAGGCGGAGGAUGAAACCAGACUGAUAAAAUGGCGUCUCUGAAGGUUCCUGAAGCCACUUAUCUCUGCCACAGUAUACUCACAGAGAGCUGAGGCUCUUCAGAUGCCAAUUAUUUUGCACAAAUCUAAUACAUUAAAGGUCCAAUGGCAUGAAAAUGUCACUUUUUUUAAACAUUAAUAUGCAUUCCCCCAGCCUGCCUAUGG